AUCAAAACAGAUUAAGUGUGAAAUGUGCUGUAAUGAAAAUGCAGUCGAAUAUUGCAAAACCUGUGGGAAUAUUGGUGAGUCGUGUGUUGAAAUUCAUAAAACAGGAAUAUCAUUUAAAAUCCACAUCCUAGACAUGUAUGGAAAGGAUAGAUGCAAUCCAAGGCGCAUUAUAUGUGAUAUAAGACAGGAGAUGUGUAAACACCAUCCGACUGAAAAAACGUUAAUAUUUUGUAAAACUCAUAACUCUUUGAUCUGUGGUAGAUGUCUACAAUCCGAUCAUUUUUCAUAUGGUGAGGAUGAUCUUGCUGUGUGUAAAGAUGCCACACAUCUUGAUUGUGAUCAGGCUAAUGAUACGACCGCAGCUUUAUAUAUAAUAAGGGAAAUUACACGAGACAUUACGCGCAUAAAGGAAAAUGUUGACCAAAGAAAAGAGACAAAUGAUACCAACAUGGUAAAAGGCAAUAAAGAAUUGGAGUCUUUGGAAAUUAAACUUAAACGAAAAGUGGAAGAUUCCAUAAGAGGUUUCAGUCAGGAAACAUGUACGACUAACGACAAAAACCUAGACGCAAACUCAAUGGGGAGUGCGAGUCCAGAAAUGCAAAUGACGCGUAAUGAACUCAUCGAGGCUUUUAUUCAAGCGAAAGUGGACGCAGAAAAAGCAGAAAUGACAAUGAAGGAACUUUGUGACGAGCUAAAACAAGUCAAACAUGACCUUGAGACGUCCGAAAAGACCAGUAAGCAACAAUGUGAUGAGCUGAAACAAGAGCUUGAUACUUCGGAAAUGAAAAAAGAGCUGGUCAUAGAACAAUUCAAAAAGAAAAGAAAGAUUCUCGAACAAGAAUUACUGAAAGCAAAACAGGGCAUAGAGGAAUCAGAAAAGGGGUGUAAUGAACUCAUCGAAUCAUUGAAUCAAGCGAAACUGGACGUAGAAAAAGCAGAAACGGAACUGCGUGACGAGCUAAAACAAGUCAAACAUGGCACUGAGACGUCCGAAAAGACAAGGCAGGAACUGUGUAAUGAGCUGCAACUAGUGAAGCAAGACCUAUAUAAUUCAGAAAAGACCAGGAAGCGACGAUGUGAUGAGCUGAAACAAGAGCUUAAUACUUCGGAAAAGUUCUUCUGGAUUACCCUGUAUCCCCUGCCUCGAAACGAAAAGUUAACUUGGACGACAUCGAGAAGAAAAACAUUCGAAAAAGAGUUACUGCAAGCGAACCUGGUCAUAGAACAAGCUGAAAAGACAAGGCAGGAACUGUGUGAUGAGCUGGAACAAGUGAAACAAGACCUUGAUCAUUCAGAAAAGAAAAGGAAGAUUCUCGAACAAGAAUUACUGAAAGCAAAACAGGGCAUAGAGGAAUCAGAAAAGACAAGCCAUGGACUGCGCAAUGAGCUGAAAAUAGUGAAACAAGACCUAGAUAAUUCAGAGAAGACCAGGAAGCAACAAUGUGAUGAGCUGAAACGAAAGUUGGAUACUUCCAAAAAGGGGCGUAAUGAACUCAUCGAAUCAUUUAAUCAAGCGAAACUGGACGUAGAAAAAGCAGAAACGGCACGAAAAGGAUUCGAAAAAGAAACACUGCAAGCGAAACAAAGCUUAGCAAAGACUGAAAAGACAAUGAAGGAGCUGCGUGACGAGCUAAAACAAGUUAAACAUGACACUGAGACGUCCGAAAAGACAAGGCAGGAACUGUGUAAUGAGCUGCAACUAGUGAAGCAAGACCUAUAUAAUUCAGAAAAGACCAGGAAGCAACAAUGUGAUGAGCUGAAUCAAGAGCUUGAUACUUCGGAAAAGAGAAGGAAAACAUUCGAAAAAGAGUUACUGCAAGCGAACCUUGUCAUAGAACAAGCUGAAAAGACAAGGCAGGAACUGUGUGAUGAGCGGGAACAAGUGAAACAAGACCUUGAUCAUUCAGAAAAGAAAAGAAAGAUUCUCAAACAAGAAUUACUGAAAGCAAAACAGGACAUAGAGGAAUCUGAAAAGGAAAGAGCAGUUGUCAAGGCACAGCUUUCAACCCUGCACAACUAUAUGAAGUCGACUCCAAUUGGAACAGUCAAGAAAACCACUGAUAAAAACGGUUGGUGUAUGAUUGACUUGGUUUUUAAAUUCCCGGAUGGCAUUCAGACGACGCACCAUGCGUACCCCGGAAAAACGGGUAAAGGCGGCACGUUCACAGGACGCUUAUGUCCCGGGGGUAAGGGCGAGCUGCUAUGUAGGAUGUUAAAGGCGGUAUUCAAGAGAGGGUUGAUGUUCAACGUUGGGAAGGAAGGAAUGGUUGACCUGGAUGGCGUCUCAUUGUAUAAUGGUCCAGUGUAUACUUACGAGUUGGAAGGCACAUACUCUACAUACACAUGGACUUUGAAAAAGGAACUGGCUGCCAAAGGCAUCACGGAGGCGAACAUAAAUUGGACAGAGAAGUUGGAAGAGACAUUCACUGUCAAUUUGUUGCAAUAAACCUAAUACGGUUUAUUAUUUCAAGUCGAUCUUUGCUCAAAGCUGCACUUUCUUAAAGAUGAGGAUAGUGAAGUUGAAAGAGGUAUCACAGAGGCGUAGGACUAUUCGAAAGGAUUAUUAUAAAUUAUAUAAACAGACGUUGACGGUUGGUUUGGCAUAAUUUUCUUUUUGUAACUGAUGUUGAUAUUCACUCUACAAUGACCUUAUGUUGAAAUGUAUCACCCUUGUUGUAUAUCGUAUUGUACAGAGUUGAUACUUAUACUAAUAUCAUAUAAUGUUUACUGCUGUUUAUCUCGGUGACAAUUUAAUUAUAUGAAAAAAGGUAUUUUGUAAUCAUUGCAUUUUUCGCAACAAACAAACUUUCAGAGUAAUAUUUAAUGCGAAUGUAAAAUGUAAGUAACUGUCGUAGUAAUUUGGUCAAGAACACAAGGCAAGCAAAUACUGCUCAUGCCUUUUUUAUAACGUACGCUCAGCAGAUUUGGUAUCGUUUUUGUAACAAUAUCUUAUUCGAUUGGAAAAUGUACUACAUGUAAAUGAUGAUAGUCACAAGUUUAAAAAAAAGAAACACAGUCUAUUCUGUAAAACGUCUUUCGAAACAUAUGCAGCACAUUAUUUGUAUUUACAAUAAUGUCUCAGAAAUAUAGUAAAGAUUCAUUUUAAAUUUAGCGCAAACUGCAGUAUUGAAACGUUCCAUGUUAAGGUGUAAAAGUGACCUUUUCAACAUAUCUAUAAUUGUUUGCUUGCGAGCUAUAUAUCGCGGUAUGUACAGUUGUAGAAAACAAGGCAAACAUAAACUGCUCAUACCGUUUUCAUAAUGUGUUUCAGCAAAUUGGUAUCGUGUUUCUUACAAAAUCAUAAUCAAAUGGAAACUGUACUACAUGUUAUUAUUGCAGUUAACAUUUAAAAAAGAAACACAAAUGAUGUUGUAAAAGGUCUUUCGAAAUAUAAGCAGCAAAUUAUUUAUUUUUACAAUAGUCUUACAAUUUCGUAAAGAUUCAUUAUAAUUUAAGCGCAAACUGCAGUAAUGAUACGUUCCAUGCAAAGGUGUAGAUGUGAACUUUUUCAACAGAUUUAUAAUUGUUCGUUGUCUAGCUAUAUAUCACUCUAUGUACAGUUUCGGAUGUAUUCGUUUUACUAAGGGUAAGGACGAUUACUCAAAUUUCACUGACAGUGCCAAGGCAGAUACACAAAUGUUUACCAAUGACUGUAUUGUGAUAGGUGUGUACUAUUUUGUUGUCUUUCAGAGUUAUACAUAUAUUACUUGAAUUUUGUUAAAUAGCUUAUGACAAUUGUCUAAAAAACUCUAAAACCACUAAACUUUAUAAUUUUGUCUAACUUGUAUCGUGCCUUAUCUUAUCUUGUAAACUGUUUUUUUUGGUCGUCCCGCGAGGUGAUGGUCCGUUCUGUCCUUAUGUCAUAUAUUACCGUACUGUAGUAAUCAAUGUAUUAUAACUGUGUCACUAUAAAAAUAUAAAUUAAACUAUGAUUUGUAUUAAAUUUGUAUUGUAACUCUACAUUUUA